CCAUAGAUGCAUGCUCCUCCUCAUGGCGAGAUAGCUCAAGCUCUAAACGCCAUAGCAGCUGCAAGCCAUCUAAUCAAGAGGUGGAUCAGAUACUCCUCAAACGGCCCUCUCCUCCUCCUCCUCCUCCUCUCCUUCUCUCCCCCCAACCGUAGUCCAUGUAUAAUCUAUAUAUCCCGCAUUCACUUAUAUUGCUUCCUGCAUAUCCUCUAACUUAUCCUGUCGGUCCGACAGCCGCGCGAGGCGCUUUUCCCUCUCUCCUACUCGCCAAGAAUUCCCGUCAAAGAAUAUAUAUUUUGCCAAGAAUAUCCGCCAAGACCAUUCCGCCCCGCCCCACUCGUCCGGGUCACCGUUGCUUGUCAGUGAAAGGGAAAGGAAAAAAGAAAAUGCGAGGGCGAAAGACGGCCGACAGGUCUUUAAUCAAGCUGCAAAAGCGGGACCGAAAGGGUGUUUGUGUGUCUCUGCUGUCUACUGUACUCUGUGCCGUGUGCCUCGAUCCUCCCAAACGUUGUUUUAUCCACCACUUAUCCUCAUUCCUCACUCACUCCUCACUUCUUAACGUAUAGCCUGAGUGGAAUUCCCCCGACUCACUAUACUCCUCGCCCAUCCUCACGCCCUCAUAAUUCCCUCAUCACCCACUCCAGCCCUCGGAGCCAUCUGCAUGAAUGCGAUCACUUACUACAGUGAGCUCACGCGCUGGCUGUUGAGCCAUGCCACCGACACCGAUAUGUCUCUCGUGCAGUCGAUUGUGACCUGCGGCGCCCUCUUCUGGCUCCUCCAUCGCGCAUGGCUCACCCUCUGGAAGCCGGUCCCAGAUCUCAUCACUAUCCUCGGCGUCGAAGUCCCAGAGCCUCCGGAGGUCUCGUUGGCGGGCAUAAAGGCCGAUGCGGUCACUCUUCACUGGGCUGGGCCUGGACACACGAAGGUGGUGCUCAAGAAGUACUUGAUCCAGGUCAACGGUGUUAAUGUUGGUGAAUCAUCACGUCUCGAGACCGCCAUCACCGUAACUGGGCUUAAGCCAGGCCAUUUCUACAACGUCAGAGUUAUCGCCGUGGGAAACAACAACUUCCAAGCCGGCAGCCGAGUCAUUCGCCUACGAACCUACAACCGCGAUGGACGACCGGACCUAGGCGGGCGCAUACUGAACAACCUCGCGAGCGAAGACGCAGCAGGCGCCGUAGUCGACAGCAGCGACGAGUCAGCGGGCGUCCGCAGCCAUGGAGUUGGGAUUGAGGCAGCUUCGAUGCCCGAGGGCUUAUCGGCGUUGGCGCGAGAGCCGAACAGUCGUGCUGGCUCGCGGAGGAACACAGGUGCACGGAAACACUCGCCGUCGACGGCGAGUGAGCAUCCACCCUUACCGUCGAAUUUACCGGAAGGAUCAAUGCUGCAGCUUACGGAGCGGUUUGAAUCGAUACGCGGCGAGACGGAGGAGGUGAUUUCGCAGGUGGCUAAGGAUGCGGAUGAGUUCAAAGCGCAGAUGGCAGAGCUGAUACGGGAGAGAGACGAGAAGAGGCAGAUGUUGAAAGAGAAGGAGGAUGCGAGCGAGAGGUUGAAGAAGGAGGUGCAUUCGUCAGAGCGAGUGAACCGGCAGGCACAAACAAGGAAGACUCAGAAGGAGAAGGCGGUGAGAGAGCGGGAAGCGGAGAAGAUGAAGAUGAAUGAUGAGAUGAAGAAGUGGGAGAAGGAGAUCCAGGAGAUGCAAGCCGAGAGAGAGCUGUGGGAGAAGGAAAAGGAUAAGAUUGCGUCGGAUGCAACCAAGAAGGUGGACGAGUUGAAGAAGAUCCUGAGGAAACGGCAAAACUCGCUUAAUUCUAUGGAGGAGGAAAUCCGUGUCAAGGGACUACAGAUUAAAGAGCUGGAAGAGGAGAGACAAAAACUCCCUGGCGCUCAGGACGAGGAAGCAAAAGCCCUGGAGGCUGCUGACAGGCUUCGGGAUUUACAAUGGGACCAUACGGAACGGGAAUUAAUGACAAGAUACAACGCGCAGAGCAUCACCGUUCGAAACCUCGAGACAGACCUCCACAAGGCACAGGCGCACUUUCAAAUACUGAACGCACGUCAAAUAGCCAACCCCCUCAUUCCAAUGGGCGACAGCUCUGGGGUGUCGUUUGAUAUCAGCGGACAGCCAAGGCCGAAGCGUAGGAAUCGCCAGCGCAAGUCACGUACGAACACGAUAUCCUCGCCGGUCGAUGCGUAUCCAAUUACCGACUCGGCGUUUCCCAGCGCGAGUGUAUAUAAUAACAUGGCUCUAAAUGCGGCCCCAAGCUUUGCUCCGGGGCCGUAUUUCGACAUGAGCGCUAAUUCUGGUGCUGGCACUUCCCCUGACCACCACCAUGGCAUGAGCGAGGCGGAUAUCCGUUCCCUCACUGCUGGUGCACCACUCAGUCCGACGGCGACAUCUCUACUGCCAUCGAAUAUAUUUAUGGACGAUGACCCGAUGGAGAGACCCAUGCGUUCCUCUUUUGGUCCCGCCCAAUUCCCUACCCUUGGCCCGUCAAUCUACGAGGCUGAAGAGCAGCAAUCUCCAGGAUCAUCAAGCCACUCUGACAGUUUGGUCUCCAGCCCGCGGAAUUCUCAGCAGAACCUGCGUUUCUCGCUGCAAUCGCAAGACAGCUACCCUGAUUCGGACAGACGCCCUGUUGGCUCCCGCAGCUCUACUGGCGGUGCUUUCGGCGUUAUUGGCUCCCCAACCUCCGAACCCCCCCAACCACCCGUAACGAAGCGCUUUGGCGACCUCUUCGCCUUCACCGGCAAGCAGCGCGCAAAGACCUUGACCAGCGACAUUGGCCACCCCCUCGGCUCCCUCAAACCGGGCCAGAGUCAAUCCUUCCCACGCCAAGAAGACGUCGACGCCGCCGCCGCCAUCAAGAACCGCCGCACGAGCUUCACCUCCGGCUGGGGCGGAAUCCCCUUCCUCAACCGCGCGAGCACCGUCUCCGAGAUAACCGAAGGCAACGCCCCAGCACUAAACCGCAAUCUCCCCCGCCGCCGCCGGGGCUUCAACAUGUUCGGCUCCAGCAUCGACGACCCGACCCUCACGGACCGCGACCCGACCAGUCCCCGCCCCGCAUCGAUCGCUUCCUCCGACCUCCCACGCCCAUCCACCGACAGUGCACCCUUCGGCUGGGCCCCAUCGGAUAGCAACAUCCUAACCCGCAACUCCCCCCUCGCGACCAACUGGUCCCUGUCCGUCGCCCAGCCCUGGUCACGCACCCCCUCCCGCCGACCUUCCAUCCAAUACGCCUCAACCACCCAACUCACCACCGGCAUCGCAACUGAAGAUGACGAUUUCCUCCCCCCGGACACUCUAUCCACCGCCUCGCCGCCACCCGUAGGCGUCAUCGGCACCCGUCCCGCCUCCCAGAUGUCAGCGACUGCUAAACUGAACCCCGCGGCGCCGACAUUCAAGGCCAUGUUCAGCCGCGCAAAGGAUAGCACACAUCGUCCCCGCCAUGGCUCAGACGAGCACGACGAGCACAUCGAUGACUACCCUAGCAGUAUCAGCCGCGCUAGUGUUCACACCGCUGACAGCGUGGCGGAGAGCUACGAUUCCCUCGAGGGCGCGGUGAGCAAUACUGCGCUUAGCGAGGUUGCCUCUGGCUCGUUUGGUGGGAGCAGUGUCGGGAGAGGCGAGAACUCGUUCCAGAAGCUUCUUAGGAAGGGGUCGAGUAGUAAAUUCUCCAUCUCCUCGUUCCGCGGAAAGGAAGUCGGCUUGUUCAGCAAGAGACCUGAGAGGAACGCUAGUGCGGACCGCUCGAGCAGUUUCGGGGAGGGUGAGGAGGAAUUGGCACUUGGUUCCGGUGGUGUGGGCUUGGUGAGUGUUACGAGCUCGCCUAUGCCGCCUACGCCUGCUGGUGGAGCCGAGAAGGGGGAUAAGGAGAAGGGUGUGGAGAAGGGGGAGAAGAGCGGAGAUGGGAAGGGAGUGGGACGGGAGGGGAGAAUGAGUGUUAAUUGGGGGAGGUUUGGGAUUAAGAAGAAGGAGAGGGGGAGGGUGAGUGAGGAUAUGGAGAGGGCUAGUGAGGCGGAGGGGACGGAGGAUGAGGGGAGGGGGAGGUAG